CCCUUCGUCUCGCACGCUUUCCUUGCCAUGUGCGUGCAUUACAUCUCCCCGCCUAACGACCAGGUUCGCGAUGCAUGGCGUAUCAAAAGCCCAUGACAAUAAAAACGACAGGUGCACACCCCUUUCGGACGACCAGCAGCACCGCCGUGGCUCGAUAUCGUGCAUAAGGCGCUGAAUCAGCUGGCGGCGGUGUCUUCUUUUUUAUUUUUAUUUUGGCAAUUCGCAUUUGGAAGACUGCGGCGUGCAACAAUAAAGCCACCGUUUGGCAAAACUGGAUUCAUGAUAACGAGGCAUGAGAAGAGUGAUAAGCACCACCGCUUGAAUUAAAGCCGUUGUGUAAUAACUCGCUCUGUAGAAAUGAUCCUCAACUCUGUACUGCGGAUGAAUCACCGUGCAGCACGUUGGCGUGAAGUUAAUUAACUGGGGCUUCUACGGACGAUGCACGGCAUGCACUCUUUUUACAUCCCUUUCUUAUAGAUGCGAGUGGACUGCUGGGAGAAAAUACACCGCAGUGGGCGCAUACAGUCAUGCGGCGGUGCUCUUGAGGGGUGCGACGGAGCAGUGAAAGCUCAUUCCGAUCACUUUGCCUGGGCACUAUGCUCCACCUGACAGCCGCAGAGUAAAAGCAGCGGACCAGACGCUCCUUUUCAUUUUCGCGUCUCUCGCUGCUCCGUUAAACACAGUAUACAUACCAAAAUAUACAUUUUUUUCCCGAUUUUGAUUACACCCGAACCAGCUGCUGGCCACCGAUCGUCUCUUUUGUUUUCCAACCGAGUCGUCGAGAUGAAAUUUCCAACAGAGAACCCAAGAAAGCCUGGGAACUUGAAUCCUCCUCCAGUUCCAGUUCAGACCAAUAUGACUCCGAAGAAGGUGAAGUCGGGAAUGCUGCAGUCCAGUUUGGUGCAGGCCAGCGUGGCGACCAUGCAGAACCCCAUGGGAUGUGAGGUGAAGCCGCACAGACACUGCUCGCUUCCCCGGCUCUCUGUGUCGUCGCGCAGCGGCAUGGCUGUGGUGGCCAGCAUGGACAGCGACGGCUCCACGCUCCACACCGUCAUGAAGUGGAAGACGGUGCUCGCCGUCUUCGUGGUGGUGGUGGUCUACCUGGUCGUCGGCGGCCUCGUGUUCCGGGCCCUGGAGCAGCCGUUCGAGAGCAACCAGAAGGACACGAUCACGCAGGAGAAGGCGGUGUUCCUGCAGAAGCACCCUUGUGUGACGAGGGACGAACUGGAGGCUCUCAUCCAGCAUUCCAUAGACGCCGCCAGUGCCGGAGUGAGUCCCAUCGGCGACACAACCUACAACUCCAGCCACUGGGACCUGGGCAGUGCCUUCUUUUUUGCAGGAACAGUGAUCACCACCAUAGGCUAUGGAAAUAUCGCGCCCAGCACAGAGGGAGGGAAGAUUUUUUGCAUCCUGUACGCCAUAUUUGGAAUUCCCCUUUUUGGCUUUCUCUUGGCCGGCGUUGGUGAUCAGCUUGGCACCAUAUUCGUUAAGAGCAUCGCAAAGGUGGAGAAGAUGUUCCGGCGGAAACACAAGCAGAUCAGUCAGACCAAGAUCAGAGUCAUCUCCACCAUCCUCUUCAUUUUGGCUGGGUGCAUCGUCUUCGUCACCAUUCCUGCCGUAAUUUUCAUGUACAUCGAGGACUGGACGGCGCUGGAGGCCAUAUACUUUGUGGUCAUCACCCUGACGACCGUUGGCAUCGGCGACUAUGUGGCAGGUGGGGAUCGGAGAAUAGAAUACCGGAAGUGGUAUAAGCCACUGGUCUGGUUUUGGAUCCUGGUGGGCCUGGCCUAUUUCGCCGCCGUCUUGAGCAUGAUAGGAGACUGGUUGAGGGUUCUGUCCAAGAAGACCAAGGAAGAGGUGGGCGAGAUCAAGGCCCACGCAGCGGAGUGGAAGGCCAACGUGCGCGCCGAGUUCCGGGAGACGCGCCGGCGCCUCAGCGUGGAGGUGCACGACAAGCUUCAGCGGGCCGCCACCAUCCGUAGCAUGGAGCGCCGGCAGCUGGGGCUGGACCAGCGGGCGCAGUCGCUCGACGUGCUGUCUGCAGAGAAGCGGGCCGUCUUCAACAGCCUGGAUGCCGACCGCUCCAAGACCACUUCGCAGGAGAGCAUCGACUCAAAACUGAACAACUUGCGGGCACGGGCCGAGCAGUACGAGAAAGGCGAGCAGGCUGCUUCUGAUGACAACAUCUUCAACCGCCUGGGCUCCGUCACCCGGUUGGCCAAGCGCAACAAGAACAAGGAGCUAAAGAAGAACAUCCCGGAGGACAUCCGCAAGAUGUACGACACCUUCGGCUGCAGCCUGGCUUCCGGCGAGGAGAAGAAGGAGGAUGAGGAGCUCGGCGAGAAGGAGUUCAACACCAGUUUGACGGAUCUUCCCCAAUAUGCAGAGGCCUGCUCGCUGCAGAACGGGUUCCCGCUGUACAAGGAGGAGGGCGAUGAGGGAAAAGAGGAAGAAAAUGAGCUAAAGACAAAGACUAUGCCUUAGAGGAGGUGGCUGACUGGAUGGAAGAUGUCUUAGCAUCUGCUCACGUGCCUUAACUCCUCCUGUUCGAAAGGCAGCGACCUGGAGCUGGCCACGUCCUGCUUCACACUACUAACUGUUCACUGUGUCCAAAUGGUGGAUUUAUUUGCCAAAAAACGGAGCGAAUCAGUCACGUCAGGAGGAAUGACUAUGACAUAAUACCUGACAAUGUUUUGUUACUUGAGAACGAUCAAAACAAUGAUUUUUAUUUAAGAAAACAAAAAAAACAUUUAAACAUAGAAGAUUGCAACGGAUGGGCUUUCCAGAAGCCUGAACAGUAACACGUAGUAGCAAAUUUAUUUGGCGCUAUCGACGGGCCUGUGACCUACACUCGUGUUUUAUAAUGAAACUCUCGACAUCCGAGAUGAUAUACCGAUCCCCGUUCUGUUGUUCUGUGUCAAGUUUGUUCAGAACAGAGGGCAUGGCCGCAGAGGGAAGGCGAACGGGGACGCUGAGGAGAGGAGGAUGCACAUCAGGAACCAAAAUACAUGUAUUCAUAGAGUCAUGCAAGUGAUUGUCAUACCUUAGGACUUUAAACCUGAACUUGGGAAUGAAACCAACAAGCACUCUGCUAUUGCAUGGUCUUGGAACUACCCUGUCGUCCUAUGGAGCAUAAUGUAUUCAAAAGCUUCAAGUUCACGGUCGAAUCUCAAAAUCGAAAUCUCAGGGCUUGUCGUCCUACUGUCGUUGUUCGAAUAUCUUUGUCCCAGUCGCGCUGCAUUCACACUCCAGAGAGGGGCACCGUCUGGGCCCGGCCUUGGGAAGGUAACGGCUCUCAUCGAGGGCACAGAUGAGGAGUCCCAGGUCGAAACCCGGGACUGAAUUUGCAGGUUUGGGUGUCAGUGGGAGGCGGCUUGGUGUACACGAGCGUGUCCGUGCAGCGGCAUAUGUAAAUGUGUCUGUCUAUAAGCACUAGAGCGUGUGCAUACUUACCCCGUCAGGCCCUGUGAGCUGCACAGCGUGUUCAGACGCUGAUUCUCAGAGGAAGGCGGGUCUGUGUCGUUUGACUUAUUUUUUUCUUUUAUGAUUGCCAAAGCGGUUUGGCAGUAAUUUAUGAAAGCGAAUCACAUUCUUAGUACAAACCAAAUGACUUGGUGGCCUACUUAACAACUGAUUUUACUCCUAGUUGGCGUAAACAGCGUGAUUAGCUCUGGAACCCUUACAGAAAAGGCACAAUACGCAGAAUGAGGAUGUACUGACAACACGCCUGCCUGUUUCAGUUCUACCCACACAGUCCACAGUCAGCGAAUCAGAAUUUAAUACAUUUUUAUUACAGGAUCAAAGAGCAAGAGAUCAGAACAAAGGGUGCACACAGGCAUGUAUAAUCUCAAACAGCUCUCUACUCCUUCUUAUUAAAAAAAGACAUCUUUUAAAAUCUGAAAGCGUUUUUUUUUUUUAUAUAUCUAACCCAAUAUCUUUGCAAGACACCAACUUAAGUGUAUAUAUGAUACAAAACUGACUCAGAAACUGAGUCACGUCUUAACCUGCAGUACUGAUCAGGGCAGUAGGAACAUGAGAUCAAUAUUCAAUUUCAUCAAUUUAUUUUUGACUUAAAAUUGCUAUCUGGCAUGAGAGGAGUAGAUGCCAAGAAGCAUUUCCUCUUAACUGUUCCCAGCUGUGAAAUAAACUACAAAGUAAUUAACACUUUCCAAGUUACUAACAAACCAAAGCCCUUCUGGGCUUUUGUAAAAUGGCAGUAUUUAUUCCAGCCAAUCUGGAUGCGGAGUCUUAGCAUAACUACACGCAGGUGCAGCGGCGUAGCGAUACACAGUGCAUAAGGUGUGUACACACCCCCAUCACCAAAAUGUUACAUUUUUUGCAGGUGAAAUUAAAAAAUAUUUGCAUCUAAGAUCCGUGUUCCCCAUCAUUGUGGAAUCCCGUGAGUCGUUAAAACGCUCAUGUUUAGGAGUCGACUUGUUUAUACUCAAGGAAUAAAAAAAAUCACAAAUAAAGCACCAGUUUGCUGCAUUUUCAAGUUCAGUUUUCAACAAUUUAAAAUAACAUCACUGUAAUCAUCACAAUGAAUCAGCUGAAAUGUCUGCAGUUAUGAACAGUCAUUUAAAAUAUACACAGUUUGUUUUAGUCCUGUUCUUAAGAAAUGCUAAAAUAGGUUGGGCCGUGCCGCAGUGGAGUGCACUGGGAACUGGGAGCAGAAAAGCUAGAUACGCACAAUACCUACCCCCUGUCGAAAAUUCCUGGCUAUGCCACUGCUCAAGGGGUAGCAACUGGAGGCUGUGGAUUCACUGACACUUACCAUGUGUCCUGCUUAAGAGGUAAAAAACUUAUCUUAUAAGACAUUGCCUAUUACGUGGACGGCGCUUUAAAUAAAUGGCAGGUUUUUGGCUGACUGUGCUUUGGAAAUUGGCGAACGUUUGCGAAUUGACUGGGAAGACAGAUCCAUUUUCUGCAGCAUCUUUAAGCCGUGGAAUGUCUCCCUUGUGUGGUCACACCCUUGCUUCCAGUGAGGUGAAGCACAGUGUUGAUGUUAAUCCAAAUUUACUGUGCCCCUGUGUGUACUAUCCAAGCUGUGCAUUGUCCUACAUGAGUCCUUCUCAAGAACUUUGACUUAAGAAUUCUGGCACCAGCCGUGAGUCUGUAUGUAAUGAGGGACAUCAGUUACACCAGUUGCGCUCUUCUGUACUUCCCAGGUUUGAAAAUGUCCCUCCUUGGCCCAGUCAGGCUAAGGCCCCCAGCCUGUCCAGGGUUUUGCCCGAGGCAUUGGCCACUCAGUGUGAAUGCAGCAGCUGAUUCUCAAUAAAUGUUUGUUCUGAAAACAAUAAUAAUAUAAAUUAUUAUUAUUAUUAUUAUAUUAAUAAUAACAAAAAAAUAUUAAAAUGAUUGAAAACAAAAAUGACAAAAAAAGACAUGGAAUAUAAAAGCAUGCAAUUGUACAAGUACAUUCUUGGUAUGGUUUUGAUUGUACCCGCACAUGCUUACUCCCGCUGUUUUCGGAUUUCCAUGUUAAGCGCUAAAGUGAGCCUACACACUCGAGUCUGGACUUCGUACACAAUAGAACUUGUGUGACCAUUACAUUUACUGUAGUGAGUGCCUUUUGCAAAUAAAUAUCACCAUUGAUUUCA